GCCGUGUGUGGUAAACAGGGCAGUGUCGUUGAACCAGACGAGGCGCUUCUACAGCCAAUCCCGUUUAAGUUACUCAUACUGAAAGUGAAAGUAUAAAGAAGAAGGGCGAGCGACAAACAGCAGUGUUUAAAUAUUAGUCUGUGAAUUCCCCCACCGACAGACUUGGUGUCCAUCUCGAUGAGCCUGUACGAUAAAGAAACAUGGCCUCCAGUGGAACCACCUUCUUUAUUCUCAUUGCCGUCUGGGUCGCUGCAGGAAAUGCAAAGAAUCCUUUUGUAAAAAUAGAAUGCAACACAAAAAACGGAGAAUAUGGCCAUCAGUCACUGCUGGAGUGUGUUGUCAAAACCACAAGAGAAGUAGAAGGUGCAGUAAUCCGGAUUGUGACUUGGACGAAAGAGGGAGCUGAGCAACCCUUGCUGUUUUUUAACAGAGGGAAACUCCAGCAGGAGCCAGGCUAUAGAUUUGCUGAACCAUCCUGGAAUGACAACAACAUGAACAUAUCCCUGCUCAUUGCCGAAACUAAGGUGGCAGACGAUGGAGAUUAUACAUGCAUGGUGAUCACAGACAGCGGCGAUGACAGCAGCCUCACUAGCCUCAACGUCAAAGCCACAUACAGAGACCCAACUGUACACUCCAUUCCUGAGAAAAUAUCCGAAGAUGCAAAUAACGACCUGAUUUGUAACGCUGAUGGUGGCUACCCGAAAGGUCAGCUUCGCUGGUUUGACGAACACAAUGAGGAGUGGACAAAGAGCGCAGAAAUGGACGUGAGAAAGACCGACAAUGGCCUGUUUCAGCUCUCAAGCACGCUGACUUUGCUGAAAGGAUCCCGUUUCUCCAAGUAUACCUGUGUCGUGUUCAAUGCCACUGGAGGCAAAGAGGGUUCGACCACAUUCGAAAUGCCACCGAUUUCUGGAGGGCUUGGGGCCAGCGGAGGGUUGAAUCACUCCUCCAAAAUAGUCGCUCCUGUGAUUGUCAUUGGAUCACUGAUCGUGGGAUUGCUGUUGGCAUUGUUGAUUUAUAGAAGACGAUCUCGAAACGCCCGGAGGCCCUCUACUGCACCCCUUAUGGGUGAUCAUCAACGGGGCCGUGCAGAAGAAUUUGAUGCUGAGCAAGGUCAUCUUCAGAAAACAGAAGGUGAAGACAGCCAGCCCUGAGGAGACACCACAUGCCACAUGAAUAUACUAAUUUACCAGCAACCUCUGAAAUUAACACUUCCUUCCUAAAUGCCACUCUGUCACUGUACUUUCCUAUCACAAACAACUGUGUGUAGCUAGGAAUGACUUGUACUAUUGUGAUUUAUCAGAGGAACUGUAAGCUCAGCCUUCCCCCGAGCAUGCUCGGUCAGCGUUCUUAAAAGAAGUGAUGGUGGCUGAUUUUUAAUCAAGCGAAGAUCAACUAGAAGCCAAAGCAUCGUCUUUUGCCUCAGGUGACAUUACAACAGCCACGUCAGGUGCGACAUAGAAAAUCUUCAAGGACCACAGUGAUAAUGAUGUAGAUGUUGGCACUGAAUUUCUGAUAUAUGUUGGAGGAAAUGUUUGUAAGCAGUCAGUGUGCUGUAGUUGUAACUUACGCAGUAACUGUAGCUACAUGGGAAUGGCCUCACUUACUUCCUCAUCUCUUGUUCUGUCAGCUUUACAAGAAAAACACUGAAUCAUGUUCUUAUGAUAGAGGCACGUUAUAAGGGGUGGGUGGGUGGGUGUGUGUGUGUGUGUGUGUGUUUUGCCAUAAAAUGUAACUGAUGUCUCAUUAUUUGUGAUCUUAUAGUGUAGCUUUUUACUACCGCUUGUGACUCCAAGAGUUGUUCAAAGAUAAGGAUUUUUUUUUUUUUACUGUCAACAAAUCCUAUCGAUAGACCAAACAACAACGUGCUAGUACUCCUGUCUAUUCUUGAAUUAACCCCGCUUGUUCUUACUGGAUAUGUAAAUUGUUAAAGCAAAUAAAAAAUUUCAUUAUUUUUAAAGGCUUGCCUAAAACAUCCUGGCACUGUAAGCCUUUAGUUCAGUUUAGUUUAUUUGAAAGGGGGCAAUAUAAUUUCAUAAAACACAUGAUUACACGUGGUUUAAAAAGCCAGAAUUAGCCAGAAGGCUAGUUUUCAUCUGUAGUCCGCUGACCAUAGGACGGUUAUUCCUGAAUGCACAAUUUACUCCCAACAUUAAGAAUUAUAGAAUUAGUGCAUAUAGAAAUUUGAAUAAUAUUUCAUUUGUGGAUUAUCAUGCACCAUGUGGGAUUGACUCAAAACAAGCCACACUGGUUGUGGUUCUGUAUUGAGGAAACAUGUUACCAAAUGCAAUGUGCUAUAUUGCAGUAGGUACAAUACCAUGUUUUGUUUUGUUUGUGCUUUGUUGUUUUUUUUAUUAAUGAUUCUCAAAUGAGACUCCCAGAGAUUACCUUCACUAACUUCGAAAUACGUUAUUAAACCUUUGUGAAAUGUGUUGAGCUUCAGGGAAACAAGCAGAGGUGCUAAUUCACAUGUAUUCAAACAGUGAGCCAACAGUUUAGACCAUCUCCAAGGAAUUAAAUAGAUGAUGAGAUGGGAUGGACUGGAAUCUGUUUGACGCCAAAUGACUGAUUACAUCGUAAGUUUUAUGUCUAGUUAAUAAUCAGAGCCGCUUGCCUGUAACUUUGGUUUUACAUACUCGAGCAGUAAUUGUUGAUGGGAACAGUUAGAUGUGGGUUUUGGUCAUUUUGUGGGAUUUGUUGACAUUAAGAAAUACACUGUACACUCUGUAUGUACUUUGUUGAGAAGUAUAUUUUAUUGAUCAGUAGGGUAGCUCAGUAUAUCUGAUAUUUUGCAAUGCAUGCAGUACUCGCAUCUGAAGUUAAUUCACAUAUAUAUAUUACUUUUAUUUUUGAAGCUGUUUGAUUGUGAUGAAAAUCUGCAAGAGAAACCUGUCAGAUGGAACGUACCCAACUCCAAUUUAAGGGGUUCUUUUCGGUGCUAUAUCUGCACAGAAAAAUGAGUGAGAAACAGGAGAGAAACAAAAAUUGUGAUUCCACAAAGAAAUGUAGCGUUGUAUGGGAAUGUUUUGCUUACAGAUAGUAGCCAGAAUAGGUCGUCAGGUCGUCUGUCAGUGAUGUCUUGCAGUUGUUGCAGAUACACAUCUAGGCAACACAUCUAACACAUUUGAUUAUUUAAAUCAGCAUCGCACAGCUUGGUAUGAUGAGUAUAAAGUCAGAUCUGCUUGCUGUGUGAAAUGAAGAAUACUUUUUGCAUGCUUUUCCGGUUGUGCUUCAUAUGGGAAAGGCUGCAAACGGCUUUUCAUCGCUUAUUUAAAAUAAUCUGGUAGUUUUGAUGUCAUUCACCUACAAAAUCACUCCAGUCAUUCUACAGUGACCAACUCUCUCCACAUAGUAAUUCAAGUUAUCUGGUGAGAAAUCUUAUUGUACAGAGUUCAAAGGGACUAUCUCAGUCUACUAUCACCCCUCACUGCCUGAGAACAUUUGCAAAUUUCAGAUCCUUUUUCUAACCACUGAGAAAGUUCAUGUGACCCGACCAUCAAUUAUCACUUUCUACGUAUCAAGUAAUGGCUUGUCUUUAGGCCAAGUGCAGCUUCAUACUUGUCUUUAGGCCAAAAGCGCCUUUGAACUUGUGCUUCUGUGCAAUUAGGAAGGUUGCGCUUAUGUAACUUUCGGCAUGAGUAUGGCUUACUGCAAAACUUCCUCUCUGGGUUUUGUUCUCUUCAUCGAAUACUCUGAACUGUAUUAAAUAAGAGUGCAGCUUUUUAGGUUGGUGAUAAGAAUUUUAAUCCGGUGUCAUUUUGGUUUUAGAGCAGCAGGUCACAAUAACAUUUUCUGUACUCCGUGCAUGCAGCUGAUUGUGACACUACCAAAAGAAAAAUUAGUGUCCAACUAAAGAUAUCUUAUCAGCAUUCGCACACGUACACGACUCAGCUUGUUAUGAGAAUAGAAUGUGAACAGAGUUAAUCAUUGACUUAUUGGAAACAACACGAGUGUGAGCAUUAAAAGUCUUUCAUUUUACAGAUUGUUCUGGCAGUUUAAAAAAAAAAGACAUCUUUGAAAAAUUAUGAGAUGCAUCUGUGAGUGAAUAUAUACUGUUGUUGUAAAUCUGUACAUUGAUGUUGUCUCAGUUGGUACCUCAGGUUUAAAUUUAGCCUGACUGUGAACUGACCAGGCAUUUUGAUUACUAAGAACCAUAUGUAAUAUAAGCUGUGAUGUUAAUUUGGUGUGGCUGUGGUGUUAAAAUGUGAUUAAAAGACAUUCUCAUGAAAAAAAAUGGGAGAGAGAA